AUGCCGGUUGAGCUUAUCCUCGAGGAUGGGCAGGCGCCAGAGAAAUCAAGCUGGCCUGCUGCCUUACUGCGCCUGGCCGGAAACGCAGAGGCAUUCUGCUCGAAAGCCGUGGUAUUCGUGAGCGAUGAUCCGGACCUGGCACGUAUCAGUGCCCAGGUGUCUCUGUGCAACUUCUGCAUUGAGCUUGAGGAUGCCCAGCGAAAGGCGUGUCUGGUGGAUCACGUUGGCGAACUCUACGUUGACAUCGGUGCUUGCAGUGCUGGGUCGAGAUGGCCUCAGCAUCAAUCUCUAGUCAGGCUUGGCCACUUACAGCUCAGGCUGGAUCCAGAGGAGGCACUGAUGGUCACGGAUUUGCUACUUAGCUUUCUGGAGGAACUCGAGCUGAGUGUUGCUGACGAGCUGGCCGAGCUGCUCUCUCCUGAGCAUGCGGAUGGUCUCAGAGACAUUCUCUUGGCUCCAGAGAUGCUGGUGCCGGAGCCUGCCCCAUGGCCUCCGGACAUGAGCCUCGCAUGCUCAGAUGCUGUGCGGGUCUUGCUGCCCUGCGGGGUGCAAACGCCACCCUUGGCAUUGAGCUUCGAGAUCCACUCACAGCGGGCCUGUGAUGGCACUUUGGCACUCACAUUUCGCGAUCUGACCACUUGGUUGUUGCCUUCCAUGCCUCUUUGUUGGCCAGACGACUGGACCCCAAAGAAGAGGAUCAUGCAUUGCCCCUCCUUGAUCCUGUCGGUGGCGCCCCAGGAGCUCGUGGCGCAGCUCUCGCUCAACUUGUCGUUCACACCGAUGGCCGUGAUGGUGCUGACUUGUGGCCUCCGGCGCUGGGGCAGUGCUCAAAAGGAUGUGGCUCCGAUCAUGGAGAAGCGGAGCACGUUCAGCAGUUCCUUCGGAAGCUCAGGUGAGCUGUCGGCAUCUCCGAGAGACUGGCGUCUGGCUGUGCGGGUGCACGUGCCACAGCUGGAGCUGGAGCUCGUUCUGGCAGAAGUGCCAGUCAUGAAGGGCCGGCUGCAGCAAUGGGACAUCGGCUUGGAAGGCACAUGUGCAAAUGGUCUUGGCAUCUCUUCGACCCUGGACUCGGCUUUCCUUUGGGUGCCUGGGGCCAGCCGGCCGGUGCUGAAAUUCCUGGGUGCCUCCCAUCUCUCUCUCGCCCUACCACUGGGGGAAGCGGCUUUCAAGGAGGAGCUCUCGAUUCGCUGCAUGGUCGCCCCACUGUGGGCAUGCGUGGACUGCACAGCCUUCUCCUUGAUGCUCGACUUCCUGACAGAGCUUGAAGAGGCUUUUGCCAGCAAUCCUCUGGGUGACGAGUCCACAUUGGACUUCACUGAGCAACAUCUGCGGGCACGGAUGUACACUGCACCACUGUCCAACGCCGUCUGUUGCCUGUUGCCAGAAUGCUGCUAUCGAUUGCAGCAAUGGGACGUGCAUCUCGCAUGGACCAACCUCUCAUUCUUUCUGCCUACCGCAGGGGAGGACAAAGACCCACAGGGAAUUUUGAUCGGCUGCGCUGCGAAAUGGUCUUUUCGGCAGUUGAGAAGUCGGUGUUUGGUGUCCAAGUUCUUUGCUGUCCAAACGCAGCAAAGCGUCUCGUUCUCAAGCUCACCACCGAAGAGCGUCGACGGGGCCAUUCUCCACCCUUGCCGCCUCAAGAUUGAACUCAAUCUUGCACUGGAACCCUCCCAGGUUCUUCGGGGCGUGACCGGGCGACUUGUGGUAGAUCCAGUUUGCGUCUCUUUGAAGACCGAGCACGUGCCUUUGCUAAUGCAGAUCUGGCGGCACCUCCGUUACUUGGACUGCACACUCGCUGCUUUUGGGGCGGAAUCGAGUCUGGAGAAAUCAUCGAGCGCGGGCAGCCUGAACUGCAAGGCGAAGACUGACUUUUCAGAAAGCUCGGAAUCAAGCCGAUGGUGGCGGGCAAGCUUGAGCGAUGUUCGCAAGGUGACGAAGGUGCUAGAAGAGUUGAUCCCAGAGUGCUUCCUGCAGUUCUGUGACCACAUGCUGAGUCUAGUCUGUACUUGCAGACUGCAGUUGGAAGUGGAGCUGUGCGCGUUGCAUGUGGGAUUGGUGCAGUCGUCAACCGAUGCAGAGCUUGUCAUCAUUUUGGUGGAGGACGUGCUGGUCUCGCUGGAUCGGACCCUGGCAGGAUUUGCCACACAACUCGGUGGAGCUCCUUCGCCACUCUCCGGAACUUCUGCAAGCAGCGCGCCAACCUCGCCAGUCACCAGGUGCCCACGGCGCCGCGAGCAUCUUAUGCUUCAUGUUGGUGCUUUGUCUGUUGACAUCACAUCGACUGAGUUGGCAAGGGCGGCCACCCUGCUGGAGCCCGUGUGUCUCGUGCUGGAUCUAUACGAAGGUCACAGGCAUCAGCCAUCCAGCUGCAAAGUGUCCUGGGCGAACUUAAACAUAAGCUCCACACUAAUUGAGACGAUGGUGAGCUUGUACAGUGAUGCAUCUGAGAGAAUUGCAGCAAUGCAACCCUUGGAGAUUGACACUCCUGGGGCAACACCGGUUUCCUUGCGCUGCUUUUCGCCCAGCGCGCACCCGUCUUCCCCCGUACAUGCACGUCCAACACUCCAGCGGCAGGUGAGCAUUUCCUCACGUCAGCCGCAGCUGUCCGUGUGGAAUUUUCUUGGCCAGGAUAUCGCUUUGACUGUAGUGGACACGGGCGGCCCUGAUAUUUCAGAGCACAUAUCCACUGAGAAAAACGGUAUAGUCAAGAUGCCGUGGUGUGGCGUCCGCACGUCCAGUGCUGGGGACCCCAGAGGCUGGGCUGUGCGACUUCGAAUUGCUGAAAUGCCUGAUGUUGACGUUCCCCUGCACUUAUCGGCCGCUGCAGCCAUCAAGGCGGUUGCUUUGAAGCCCCGAUACAUGACCAGCAGCUCGUCGAUCACUGGGUCACUGCGGCAGCUAGGUUCCAAGCUUCGCUGCAACAGUACAGAGACCACCUUAAGUACCCACAGCAAUCUGGACAUGGCGAUGAAAGCAGCACCUUCGGCUCUUUCAGGGCAAUGUUGGAUCUUAGUGCGCACGGAAGUCGGAAGCAAGCUCCAUGAGCUGGAGGUCCAGAUGAGUUCUGUGCUCUUCCUGGAGAACCGGACCAACGUUGGCAUCUCAGUGGCACCCUACGGAACCUCUUUGGAGAACUUCCUGGAGCUUCCUCCCAAGAGCCCACCACGGCCUGUUCCGGUCGCUUGGUUAGCCAUGGGAGCGGAUGGGAAGUUACCACCCACGCUUUGGGCUGGGGUAACGGAGGAGCUCCGAACCCCGCCCCUGAACACCUCCGGCAGCUCCUUGAGCAUGACAGCGGUCGUGUCGGGAGUGUCAGGAAGUACGGACUCCAUGGCAUGGAGUUGGAUGAGAAGGCAACGAAAGACAGGCAUGCUGCAGCCCUUGAUCGGGUCGCGAAGUUGGCAGGCAAUCUGUCGCUACAAGAGUAUGGUUGCGAACGACUACUUUCUGCGAUCCAGGAUGAUUCGGCUCCAGGAUCGUGCGGGGGAAGAGUGCGCGUGUUUCUCCGCCACAAUCUCCGGAGUAAGCGCCGACUUGCAGGCCUCCUUGCAAGCCUUGAUCUUCUCCGUGGCUUUGGACCCUGCUGCCCGGAUUUGUAACAGAAUGCCAUCUACUCUGCAAUUGCACACCGUGGACGGCCCUUUGCUGAUCCGUCCUGGGGAAGACAUCGACAUUCUGAAGCCAUCGCAGCAAAUUCAGAUCUCAACCGAAGCUCCAAUCUCCACAGGUUCAGAGGAGCCUGUCCACCUGCAUCUCGCAACGGCCCUAUGGGCAGAUCGGCUACCCAGAGAGAAGCACCAGAAGCAGCUCAUCUUCGAGGGCGACGAGAAGGAAAGGGAGCAGCAUCCGCGCCUGGUGGCCACGCUCGAGACGGAGCCGGGCCUGACCAACCCGGCGGAGUCCUGGGCUCCCUUGCAGGUCCGCCAGUACUCGCCGCGCUCCUUGCGACUCGUUUUCUUCACGCAGUACUGGCUGAUGAACCGGCGCAGCGACUGUCGAGUUUGCAUUCCGCGGGUGGACCUCCCCACCACAGGUGAAACAGGUUUGGUAAAAUUUGGCAGCAAACGUCCUGGUCCGCAUGCAACACGGCAUGCACUCAUGCAGUACGACAGCAAUUCGCUGCGAAUGGUGUCGGAGGACUUGGUCAGGCGCGGCAAGAUCCGUCUGGGUCUUUGUGACCAGCGCUACAACGCAAAUGGCGAGUCGCUCGUCCCAGUGACACAAGCAUUCAGGAUAAGACAACCCACUGUCGGCUCUGCAACGGCACCUCGCACAGAUCGCAAUCCAGUGCAGCGUUGCUUCGGAUACACGGUGAGACCAGCACCUCUACCCUUUCACCGGACGUUGAUCGUGGAAGUGGUGCGCCGCUACACUUUGCUGAACCACAAGGAGCAUCCCUUGUUUUGCUUUGAGCAGAGUGUCUUAGCGCCACUGGAGCUCUCGGCAGGCUCCUCUGCUGCAUAUGAUCCGCAGAAUCCACAGGGAGCAAAGCAGAUAGCGAUCAGCGGUGUCGGCCCAUCCUAUGCCGGUGGCGGAAGUGCAGUGAACGAUCGGAGCGACCGGCCGCCAGAGAGGAGCACUGAUCGAGGUGUCACCGUGCCCAGGUCAAGACACGAGACCGGAGAUCUGGAAAGCGGACACAGCGGACGCCGCCCUCAAAGGAGGGCCGUGACGUGGGCGGAUCAGACUGAGCAACACCAGGAAGCAGAGAACCAAGUGUUGGAAUGUGCAGAGAGGGACAGGGACAACGACCACCGAGGAUGCUAUUCGGCUUCAUUCGGGCUCGCUGAAACCAGCAGGAGUCGGUUCCAACUCAUGCAUCAGAUUGACCUUUCCUGUUUUGUCUCCACCAUGGCUUGUGCGUCCGCACACCUUGCCAGACCUGAGCCAUUGGUCGGACCAGCUGAGCCGCCCACAGCGCACGGUCGUGCAUGGUGCCUGACAGCUGUUGAUACCAUGGUGGAACAGAGCUCCGUGGUGGUACGCUUUUCAGAGCCACUGCGGCCACAGUUCCGCAUCAUCAACCGCACCGGACACCCACUGGGCCUCUGCCAGGACUCCGAGGGCGCACCUUCUUUGGAGCUGGCGCCUGAAAGACGAAUGAGCUUCUGCUGGUUCCAGCCCGAGGGCCCUCAGCGUCUCAAGCUUCGCCUUGGACCGAAGGAGCACAGCUACGAGGUGGGGACAGUUGAAGAGCACUCGCCGCCACUCCACGUUGAAAGGCCACCGCAGGGUGCAGCUGCGGGGUGGUUUCGGGAAGAGUUCCUGGUGCAAACCCGUGUGGUUCGAGGAUCGCGCGAGGUCCACAUUCACCCGCAUUGCCGUCUCACAAACAUGAAGGGGCAGCCCCUGUUGGUGAGAUCCGGAAAUGCCAAGGCAGGUGAGAUGGCCGUGGUUCCCCAUGAAGGGUCUGUGUGCCUUCAGAGAGAGGCCAAAACGUCUGAGCAAGUUUUCCUGCAGAUCGCAAGCUGCACGCAAGACUGCACAUCAGGUGCAGCAACGCAUUGGUCAGCACCGAUCAUGCUGACGAAGAGCUUAUCUGGGCACCGAGGUUUCCUUCGGCACAUGACCAGUGGUGGAUCGGGCAUGACGUCUGUAUUUGAGAUUACGAUGGUUGACGUAAAGAAAGAUCCCGUUUCAGACUUCUUAGUCGUGGAGCUUCGUCCAUAUGUUCAGUCGAAGUGCCCAUACUUCAUAGAGAAUGCAAGCCGUCUUUGUUGCAGCGUGAGUCAGUUAGAUGGACCGGAAGCAGGAGCGACUCUGGAUCUCUUCCCACAGGAGAGCGCACCAUUUGUCCCAGUGGGUGCUGUCUUAGGAGGUCAAGGAAGCUUUCAAGUAAGACUCUCUGCAAUGGGAGACGAUGGAGACUACGAAGACCAAAGCGCUGUCAUUGAUAUCGAGCUGCCACAAGAGACGGUUCUUGGCCCCCUUCACGUUCAAGUUCUGAAGGAGAGGCCCCGUCACAUCAUCAUCAGGGAUAUUGGAGCUGUUCAAACUGGACUCCGGCGAUCUCGAAAAAGCCAGCUGCAAGCCUUUCCUCCCUUUCUGCUCAUGCGACGUCUGCUUGGUACAGGCAAGGCUUGGAUCCCUGACAGGAAAGAGAGCAAGGAAAAGCCGGUUAUUCCAAAUCCGAUCCCAUUGUCUCCAAGAAGGCGUACAAGGUUGAAUGGGUAUAGUAGCCAGUUUGGAAGCCCGGCAUCGCGGAAAAGAACCGUUCAUCUCGGAUCAAGACCUUCAAGUCCCGGACGCCGAAAGGAGAGGCACUUCACCGGAGCGUCCACUCCGCGCCUGCUUGCCAUGCCAAGUGUGCGUUCCAUGCGCUCCUUGGGUUCGCCUAUCUCCCGACUCAGGAAAGGAACGCUGGACAUCUUCUGGACACAAAGUGGACGCAAGCGUUCGUACCGAUCAAACGGAGUUGUCUUUCAGCUUUGUGCAGAGGGUGCGGGCAUCACGCUUGUGGACAGUACUGCGUUGCAUGAAGUUGCUUACUUUUGCGUGGAGACUCUGGUCAUCAAUUCUACCCGAGACGGAGCCCAGCAUGAGCUUGACGUCAAACUCGGCUGCGUUCAAGUUGAUGUGAGAGACAACGGCGCCAGCUGGAGAAGCAAUGUGAUGCUCCGUCCCCAACGGGCGCGCCUCCACAAUCCCGUUCGAACUGUGAAGGAGAAACCCUUUCUGCUUUGCAGUGCAACCUGGACAGCGCUGGACCGUGGAGCAGGUGCAGCUGCGCACCUCGAGGUGGAAAGCCUUCGAAUCGAUGUCCAACCCAUUGAGCUGCGGUUGGACACGCUGAGCUGUUUUCAGCUGGCGCAUUAUGGCCUGGAUUUGCUACGCAGGGCCGAGCCCCUCAUCGCCUCCCAUCCGCUUUUUGGACAUCUGCAGCUGAUGUUGAAGACGCAUUGGAGGAGCGGUGGGGAGCAACUUCUACUCGCAGAAGAGGGUGAACCUGACGAUCCAGUGCUUGGAGAACCUCCGUGCCCUGAGGGUGAUGACUUCAAUGUGCCCACGCCUGUCUUCCUCAAGGAGUUGUUCGUGAGACGCAUUCAGUUCUUCGUUUCUGUGCGAUUCAACGGAAAGGGGGCCACCGAUUGUCAGGGCAAUGAAGCCUUACAUGCCGUGGACAUUUUGCUACGCAAGCUGAUUCCGUUCGACGUCUCACAAGCGCGCAUUUCACUGGGACCGUUCUUCCGUCGGCGUGGAGCAGCAGCUCCGAGUUCGCCAAGCUCACCAUGGAGGCGCCUGCUCCGAUGCAUUCCAUGCAUUGGGGACUCUGAUGGCGAUGCUUACUUGUCGGAUGAGUUUUUGCCCCAUGGCUUUCAUGAGCUGUUGUCGGAAGCUGCCUCGGUCUCCGGCACGGCAGUCCUGCGACAGAUCCCGAAGCUGCUGGGUGCCCAGCGGGUGCUGGGAAGUCCGGCGCAGCUGUGUGCUGAAUUGAACCAGGCACUGCGCUUGGCACUCUUCGGCAUUUGCAGCUGCAGCCCUUGGCUUUUGAUCGCCGCACUUCUCACAGUGUUGGCCGCAAUUCUGGAGUCCGUUGAGGGCAUCUUCAUGAUUGUUGCCAAGACAACCUGCCGCAUCACUGCUGGCACUGUUCCCACUGGCCUUCGAAAAGAGCCUUCUGGUGUUGCAGGUGCGCUCAUGGAUCUAUUGUGGUACGGCUUCCCUUGGCAUGCCCAGCAGUUAUAUCGAGAGUGCAGACGGCAGAGCCACAUAGCUAUCUCCGCCCACUCAGUCACCGUCAGCCUGCGGUGCCUUCUCGAAGGAACCUGGCACUGCGUGUUCUCGGUCCUCUCUUCCAGCAUGGUUAUUGUAGCGAAACUCUUUCAAUCUCUGCAGCUGCUCUUCCACACCCUGGCAUGGUAUGUUUGUCCAGAACGAGUAGCAGAGCUGGGUGCUCCACUAUCUCGGCGCGUGGGGCCUUUGCUAUUUCACAUUGGUUCGCCCCUGCAGUAUUCGCACUCCGUGACCUCGAUCAUGGGUGUCGUGCACAGAGCCGUGAGGGGCACCCGCCUUCGUGACUGGCGCUUGCGGCACUUGCCUGGAGGUGAUGGGUCCCUACUUGCCGUACAGGGCUCUGGCUUCUUCCUUGUGCGGUCAAGUGCCAUCAGACGAUGUGUACCUGCGCGAGAAGCUGAUGUUUUUCUGACAUGGCAAGCGCGAGGUAACUGGGAAAGAGUGGAACUGCGCCUUAUUCGGCCUACUCUUAGGACGGAGAGCAACAGGCGCAACGAACUGCGCCGUCGCUUCAUGCUGUGCCUUUAUCGGAGGAGCGCUCCGUACUGCAAGGUGCUUCGACUUAGGAGCCGCCGAGCGGCUCUUUGCGCCUUCAGUUUUGUGCAGGAAUGCAUUUCUAACUGGGUGAGAGCCGAAGUACAGGAGGCCCAAAUGGCUCCAGACACACCCAGGUUGCGGCUGCUUAGGCGGGUGCAUCGAUCUGCUGCAGUUCGAGCAUCCAAUGCAUAG